AUGACAGGCCUGAACCGGCCGGGACCCAUCAACCCGUAUGGCGUCACCUUCACCUUGGCAUCGGUAGCCACAACACCGGGGUUCAACACCCAAGGCCAAACAUCAUUAUACUCGGAGCUUGCGCCGAACGGGAUCUUCCCGCCUCACAUUCACCUUAGGGCGUCAGAGAUCACCUACGUGAUAGAAGGCUCGGUCGAGGUGGGAUUCGUAACCUCAUUCCCAGACUACAAAUAUUACAGCAAAGUUAUCAAGAGAGGCGAUGUGUUCAUUUUCCAGGUCGGCCUCGUCCACAUCGUGCGGAACGUGGCUAGAGGGAAAAAAAGCGUCACGAUUUCGUCUCUCAAUAGCCAGAAUCCAGGGAUUAUUUUUCUCCCCGACUCUUAUCAAACUUAUGAAGAUUAA